CCCAAUCCCGACUCCAGGCCGUCGUCCCCAACACACCAUGAGGACGAAGAUGGCGGCGGCGCUGGUCCGGGCCUCCGGGGGGAUCGGACCUCCUACGCCUGCCCGAUCCUCCUACUUCUCCUCGCGCUGCUCCUCGCUGUCCCCGCUCGCGGCCAUCUCCAACGCCUCCUCCCACGCCUACGCCUUCGCGGGCCAUCAGCCGGUGCCUGCCCCGGAUCCCACCUUCUUCGACGAUGUCGUCGACGCCAUCAUCGACAAGUACGGCUGGGACCCCGACGCCGAGGUCCGGGUUUGGCCGCUCGACGCCGAGGGCGCGCUCGUCGACGCCGCGUAGUGCUACGAGUUCCCUGCCCGCGUGGGGCCCCGCGGUCGCGCUGGCGUGGGCCUCCGACGGGGCCGUCGACUGGAGCCGCCCCGACGCCCCCGCGGUGGAGGAGGUGGUCGGGCCCGACGGGGUCGACUUUGUGACCGGCGAUGGCGACCUGGCGUUCGGCUCCGGCGUUAGGGUCCGUGACAUGGUAGGGCCGUUCGAGCUGGUGGUCUGCGAUGGCGUUGGCAGGGGCCGCGCAGAGCUCCAGUUGCCGUCGUGUCUGCACCACCGCCGAAUGCAUGUUCCGGCAGUCCACGCAUCGAUCACUGGCAAAUUAAAAAGGCAUGAACGCACUAAACAAAAAUUCUGUGUAGAUGAUUCUUGUAUAUGGCAGUGGCACACGCGCUGGUUGAUGAAGCCGCUGGGCCGGAAGGACCUCUCAUUGCCAUGCUAAUGAGUAUCACGACGAACAUGGCCCCCACCUCAAUGCCUCCCUGUCGGCGGUGAGGUCUGGCCGGAUCUGUAUGACCCGCAAUAUUAGUAAA